ACAGGUGAUGGUAAGAAGUUUACUUCUAAACCAGAUCAGCCCACCAAGGCUUUCAUCGGAGGCAAUGUUUCGUUAGUUUGGCGCUACUAUCAGCCAUCGCAUCUUACUCUCAAAAAGGUGGUGUUUGGCGAAUGGACAAGCUCACCCGGCUUCGUUUUUCCGAAAAUAAUGACGAUUAAUACGACAGCAAAAAGCAUCAGUUUGUCACCAGGCCGUUAUGAAUCCAGAGUUAGUUGGGCGGGAAACUUUUCAGCUUCCCAAGUAGCGUUCGUUUUGCAUAAUAUUCAGCCAGCAGACGAUAAAGUGGUAUUCGGGAUACAUUUAGAGUUUGAGUACAUGCAUAACCCGCUACUAGGCUAUGUACAGAUGAAAGUCGAGAAAAAACGUAUGUAAUAUGUCUAUGCAAUCUUCGUCCGGUAACAUUUCCAUACGUACCUUGUAUGCUUGCAGUUAAAAUAACAUAAGACCACCAAAAAAAAAAAAAAAAAACGACAACAAAAAAGCAGCAUUUCAAGAAAAGAAUGAUAUUGUAAAUACUCAAAUUGAUUAGUGCCCUCCUUCGAAUUAUUAGCGGCUUUAGCGCGCCACUGUAAGGGCAAAAAAAGUCAGUUAUUUAACUAGGUACCCCUUUCAAAUUAGCACUGCUGAACCCUUCUCCAAUAGAGAAAAAAAUCACGAUUAUUGCGGGCGACAGGAGGAUCCCGCAAUCCUAAUCUCCAGCUUGUUAUUACGCAUGCGUCGCAUGUAUGUCGCCAGCAUUCGUUUGGACUUCCAAUGAGAAUGAUCAUGAAUGGAAUGGAAGGGCUUCCCGGAUUCCGUCCCUGGCUGGUUAUGAAGAAUAAGCCGAGGAAUUUUAGUCAAUCAGAAAUUUAGGAAUUUUUUGAAUGAAUAAUAAUUAUGUUAUUUGAUGCCUAGCGCUUCGAGGUUUGGACAGUUUUCAAAUAUAAUCGUACGAGAACAAAUCUCAAAUUUGUUGCUUAAAAUCGGCUCUUUCCUGAACCGAUCCAAAAAUACAGUGUUACCGUCUUGCCUCUUUGUUUUACGCUCAGACAGGUAAACGUCUAAUGCAAAAUUCGUCAAAUUGCUAAAAUUUACGACUUCCCACGACAUUUUAAGCAAAAAUACGCUUAUUUUGAUCUAUAUUGUGAUAAUACGAACCUUUUUUGAUUUUUCCAUACAUUUCAAUUCAGUAUACGGUACUGAUGAAUUGUUGCAGUUUGUAUGGACCACCUGUGCUGCUUUUGCCUGUUAAUGAUAACCUUAGGUCAACUACACAUGUUGAACUCUGAUGCACCGGCGGAAACAUCAUGAAAUCUGUGGGUUGGAAAAAAUUUAUUAUGGAUAUAAUGACGCGUUUCCUUUUCUCCUGUUUUCUCGGAAUUUCUAUAGCCGUUGCCGACUUGCCAAGAAUCAUAAACAUUACUAAGGCACCCCUCCUAACACUUGGAGCAGAUGUGACCCUCAGUUGUGUUGCCAAGGGGCUAUCUCUUCUUAAUGUCACAUGGUACAAGGGUGGAAAGGUCAUGAGUCACCAUCAUGGCAACCGUACUUCAAAAGCGGUGCUUACGUUGUAUAACAUCACCAGAGAAGACUGGGGAGAGUACGUUUGUGUCGCCAAAAACUCCGUUGGUGAAGAUUCGAAAACUGUUUUCAUCAGAAGUGAGUAUUUUUUAAAGGGUACAUUCAAAAUAUAGAUUUCUGUGGUAACCAUGCCACUUUCCGAGUAAAGGAUGAAUAUAGUACUGUUUGUGUACUGAGUAUACAAAGAAUUUCUUAAUAACAUAGUGGAGGGGGUGGGGGGAGGGGGGCGGAGCAGGGAAAAGUAAGGAGGAAGGGGGAUGUCAAAGGGGGGAUUUCAAGCUCUUAACGUUUCCGUGUCAAAAUUAUUGCUAGCGCAGCCUUAAAAAAUAAUAAUAAACUCUGGACAUGUUUCUAAAACGCUCCGUAUUUUUAAAACUGCAAGGAAGUGCCUCAGUGCGCCGACAAAACAGGCGAAGGACAGUUCGGGAAAUUUGAAAUUUCUCUUUGUCUGAAAACUUUUUUCUCAGGGCUGAAAAGGAUCAAUCGGUCAAACAAGUCCUGUUUUCAGUGUAAACCUACUGAAAAAGAACCCUUCGAUUGAUCGUCUUCCGGAAUGAGAAUACACAAACGUUUUGUUACAAAUCUCUUCUACCAGGAGAACUUUUUGGACCAUUCAAAACGAAUACAAAACCAUCAAAACGGAGGAUUAAUACUUUACCCUACCAUCCAAUUUCGGCAGUAGUUGGCUUUUCCACACGCUAGAUAUUGUAAUGCAAUUAAUGCCAAAACAAGUGAUUUCUAGAGGUUAUUCGAUUUAUUCUACAAAAUACGGUCAAUCGGUGACGUCCUAAAUGGUCAAAUAUGUAAAGUAAAAAUGAGAAGAAACCUGGUAAAAUAUGAGGAUUUUGUCUUUGUUCCACGAUCGUUACAUGACAAUAUCGUUCCCUAUUCAUCUAGUUUCGAGCUUGACCUUGUCAUCCUUUUUUAACACAAGAAAUUUGUAUCCCCUUUAAAAGUUGAUUAUGUACCGCUGGGCAAAUGGUAUUAAGGUCAAACUGUUUUUGAUACGGAAAAAACUGAUUAAUGAUUAAAUUAAUAAGUAAGUAUACAGGCAUUAAAUAAUGAUAAUAAUAAUAAUAAUAAUGAUGAUGAUGAUGAUGAUGAUGAUGGUGGUGGUGGUAGUGGUGGUGUUGGCGAUGAUGAUAACAAAAACAUUUGUGAUUACUGGGUAAUUUAAAAUAUCUUAAUUCCCAGGCUAACUAUUUGUACUAGCUCAAUAUUUGUUGUUAAUGGAAAUACUCCGUUGUUCAUGCUACACAUAAACCGAAAUUAAUUGUUAUUGAUAAGCAAAUGACUUCCUUUAUCGUUCAAGUUCUUCCUUCAAGCCCAACGAUUCUGCAUACAAACACGAUUGCUCGCAAUAAAAGCUGGGUCCUGAGGUGGUCAGCGGUCUACAGCGAGGGGCACUUGGUGAAGACAUAUACAGUGUGGCACCAACUCUGGCACAUAGUAAAGGACAAUAUGACUCGCAAGGAAUCCUGGUUACGAGAGAAUAUUACUGGCUUUGUGUACCGUAAAGAACUAGCCGCUGACACGCGUUAUUUGUUCGCGGUAACAGCUUGGAACAAAUGGGGCGAGAGUGAAUUGGAGAUUGACAAAAUACUGAACAUAUCGACGAAGUUUACAGAUGCAUUCACUCAUCAAAUAGAGAGAACAACAAAUCUACCAGGUAUGAAUGACUGUGAAUCACAGAAAUGGGUAGCCUGCGAUGAUGCCCUCUCCUUCAUGUCUGUUAUCUGUUUUCGGGAGGAGGGCAUGAUACAUUUCUUUUACAAAUCACAUGCAAAAAAGCCAGAAUCUGGACUUUUAUCUGAUUGGAUAGAAAACAAUACGGUUGAUUUGCGCCGUUCCGAUUGGCCAAAACGCCGCCAGCCGUUAGUUGUUGUUGAUUUCAGUCUGCAUUUUUGCUUGGGUAAUGAGCAGUGAAUACACACGUGAGUUCGUUAUGAAAUUUCUGCCGGCUCAGUUUUCUUGAAUUUGAAGAAUGUUUAAAUAGAAAUUUCAUCCAUUGAAAUAUUUUCCAUUUCAUCGUAUACUAAAAAUUGCAGUCAAAAAUUCACCGAUCAUUUGAAUGCAAUUUGAUACCCGCUACAAGUUACAGAAGCGACAAACGGGUUCACUUUCAAAUAAUCAAUUUAUGAAUGGAAUCUUGACCUGGUUUGACUGCAAUUCCUCCUUCAGAAACCUGAGAAUUAUUCUGAGCGAUCUUCGCUUUCACAACAAGUUUCAGUUCGUGAAAUAUGUGCUUCAGCCUAUUUUUUUUCACUGCUUUCGGCACAGAACGAAGUCAACGAGCUUUUACUAGUAACAGCUCUAGCUAGCAGUAUUUCAUCACACACACAAAGAAAAAACAUUUAAAAAUUUUUUAAGGAAGCGCCAUCUGAAUGUACUUAACAAUUUUCUUUUCCCUAACAUGGAUUUCGAAAGAGAUAUUCCGGCCAAAAUUUGAUUCCCGUCUGAAUGCUGAUUGGCUAAUAACAUGACAGGUAAAGCAGACGUUAGAUUAUGCAAAUUAGGGAGCGGUUGAUGGCUUGUUACAAAUCAAUGUAUCAGUCGUUAUUUUUUUCCCUCUCGAGCCAAAGAAGCAAAGAAGCCAAAAAAAACCAAACAAACAAACAACAACAACAACAAAAAAACAAAAUAACAAAACAAAAAGACAAAAAAAAAGAUAAAUAACUCCUGAUCUCAGGUUAAAAAAUGGGUGAUUCCUCUAAUAAUUGGUCAAAUUAAUUUUUUAAGUGCAUGAAUGAAACCAAAUCAAAGGAAUUGCGUUUUCUCUCUACAAUGACAGAGAAAAUGUAGUGAAACAAAGGAAACUCCUGGACUACGGUACUAGGCACAGAAAAGCACUAUAGCCUGGCUUUAUUUUGAUUAUUCUGAUUAUUUAGCUCGGGUUUCUGAGCCACUUCCAAAGACCAAAAGAAAAAGGCAAAACUUUCCUAUUCUUAUACGCAGUUCAUCAACUGUAAGGAACUCCACUGACCAUGUCUGAUGGCCUAUUUUAUUUAUCUGUUGUCAGCUACAACGAAGCCACAGUGGACUGGAACAUCAACAAUGCCAAUCUUAAUGAGCAACACGAAAAAUGAGGAGAAAAAUAAUUCCAUCCCUCUGGAGGCGUUAAUUGCCGUCUCUGCGUUUCCUGUAGUUGUAGCAUGUGCUGUUUGGUUGGUUUGCUAUUUUAGGCGAAACAGCGCUCCCUGGAAAAAUCCAAGUGAGUUAACCGGAUUAAUUUUUUGUUCGCUUUUUCUUUUUCAAGUGCAGGAAUUUUUCAAUUAGACGCAGUUACAGGGCAGUAAAACCUUUCAGAACGGUAUUGAUCAUUUUCAUGAAUGUACAGUUGAUGUCUGUAAAAACUGCUGAUGGAUGCACGGUUGAGGGCGAGUGUAUCCUUGCCUAAAAGGUACACACUGAAUAUAGAAUGGGAACACUUUUAUUUGUGUUAGGCCCAAGGGCCACCCACCUACUCGAGUAACCCUGGGCGAGCCAAAUGUACACGCGUAUUGUUGGCAUGCGAAAAGGUUGGCUUGGCCAGAAGGGUGACCAACCUAACCGGGUGAUGGUAGUAUCAACCUGCUACUAUGUUACCGGGUUAUCCCUAUAGCAGGACGUUAAACUGCGGAAACAGUUUCUGUCAAUUGCCAAUCCUCUAACUUCUGUUAGGGACCGUGUCGAAAAGUGUUGUUAAAUUUGGAUCAAAUAAAAAUAGGAAAAAAUGGACGCGACAAGCGAGUUUAUCAUUCUUAAUGAAACUGAUUUGUUUUUAUGAAAAGAGUUACACCAACAUAAAAGUUAUAAGUGAGAAAGUUUAGUCCUCUUUGUACCAGUCCUCCUUCCUACAUUAACUGUUUCCCUUGACCCAGGCCAUUCCUUAAUUCACCAGAGCUUCUAAUCUACCCGGGAUUAGAAUCUUUCAUAAAUCCCGCAUAAGAAUUUGAUUAAAAGUCCUGCAACAUAAAUUGACUGUUUUAAUUUAUUUUCGAUUUUGACAGGGCCCCAGCAAGGGUACGUAUUUAAAUUAAAAUUUUUUGCAAUGCAUACACGAUUCGUUACCUUCCUUUUAGCUUGAGGACCUUUCAUCAGCACAUCAGUCACUGUGAAUGACGCCUAUAAUUAUUUGCCAUGGUCAUCUACACUGUAAUAGACCUUGUCUUGGUUUUGGAAGCUUUUUUGACGAGUAAAACCGCGUGAGAAAUUAUUUUACUUUUUUUUCAGAACAGGCUUUUUACGGAAAUGAUUAGAUAUUAGAUUCUCAUACAAACACUGUCAGUAAUUUUUUACGCGGUAAUGCCUACUCGUCAAGAUGGCUUCCAAAACCGUAACAAGGUCUAUUAAUUUACUGUGGUUUUUUCCACUAUCAAUAAUCUGUGAGGUGUAGCCAGUUGUUCACUUUUUUAUUUCAUUGCAACGAUGAUCCUCAUUAUAUUUUCAUUACUCAAAAGCAUUCAUUCAAGGAUAAUGCAUCCUACAUGCAAAGGCUGGCACAUUUAUUGGUUUAUAUUUUCAGGAGGAAAGGAUUUUCUUCUCCUUCGCAUUUGAAUCUCACAUCUGAGCUGGUAAGGUGGUUUCUUGUUUUUCUUUGAUAGUGAUGAAACCGGCAUUAACUUUAUAAGAAGUUAAACUUUUUGCCCUAUUCUUUACAUGUACACCAAUCUCUACCGGUGCUCCUUUUUCUUUGUGUAUCGAAGUUGUAAUAGGCAAUUUCCGAGUUUCCAGAAAAAUCUCAUUUCAAAGCGAGGCUAGGUGAAAAACCUCAAAAUGAGUUUUAUUUGCAUGAGAAAACAAAUCAUUGCCAUAUCAAAACUGCGCUUUUAGCCUUGCUGAAAGAGGCUUGGUGCAACUCGGAUAUGGUUUACAGUGUAUCUAACGUACGUUUUAUUUUUUGCUUUUAUCUACAAUAGGCAUGACUGCAUGUCAUUUUGAAAGUAGGCUCGCUACUUUCAUUUUAACUUUUUUUAUUUAUUUGUAACGCAUCCUGCAAUACAACUGGGGGAUAUGAAUAACGCAGCACCCAUGCAAAUACCAUUCAAGUUUUCUAGAUUUAAAGGGACUUAAAUGGACGGCAGGUUAACAAAAUAACUAAAGAAAGGGAGGUAGCAAAGAGAAAUGAGUUUCUUGAAGUGUUUGUUGGUGUUAAGCCGGAGAUUUAUACAAUAAUUCCCUGCUCAGUUGUUUUUCACUAGGAUACAGUAAGCAUUCACAUUUUUAAAAUUCUAAUUUAUGAUAAGUAUUUGGUACCAUUGUGGAAUGAGUACGGCUUCUCGCGCUAAAUAAAAUGGGUUUCCUUUAAGGAAAAUUUUUAAAAAUACGCAGAAAUUUUAACAAGAACGAGCCGCUUUCCCCUUGAGUAAAAUUGACCACAUUUGGGUUCAUUGAUAUGUAGGCUCUGGAGUCAGAGGAUAGAAGGCACUCAGUAAUUAUGUCAGGAUCAUCGUGGUUUAUCUACGGUUCGACACCAACACUAACAACAACGACAAAUAUGGACGAGCGCAGUAGUAGCCAACCAGGCAUUGCUGACGAAUCCCUUUUUUUAAAGCCAGUUAUUCCUGGACCAAGCAAUGAAGCUCCUACCUUUGCAUGCUACGAUCAGCCCACCUCACAGGAUGUUAAAGUGAACAACCGAGAUCAUGUUAUCUCUGCAAUGAACAAUCAUGCUAUAUUUGAAGUGCGAGAAGAGAUAACCAGGGAUCGGAAAGACAAUAUAAGUCAGCGAGUUGGCACCGAAACGUCUCAGCAAUUGGUUGAUUCCGAAGGUUACCUUGUGCCGGAUGAUAGCGACAGUGUGACAAGAGCGAGGAAAAAGAUGAUGCCUCGGACUGGACCGUGGUUAAAAAAAGCGUUAAAGAAGGAAAACAAAACAUUUCAAUUCCAAAACUCCACUUUUUAUAUCCCUUCCGAGCGCUUGCAUGUUUCAGAUGGGCUAGAAAUGGCCCAGCAUUGCGCUAGCGCUCGAAAUCCUAACCAACUCUUUCUCACUGAUCUUCAAACAAGGACUCUUCAUGGAUCGAGGAAUUAUGAGAAUGACCCGCUUCAGGACACUGAGAAUGCACUGAUCCAUGGCUCCACCGAUCAUCCCAUGGUUCUCGGUGUGUCGCCAUACUCGCAUAUUUAUUGUAACACUAGCUGGGAAAUCCCACAAGAUCACCUGUCUUUAGAAGAGAAAAUCGGUGGAGGGGAGUUUGGUCAGGUGUGGAGAGGAAAGUUGUAUGACGUGACUAGCACAGGAAAGUGGCUAGUUGUAGCUGUAAAGAUGCUGCAAGGUAAAAUUAUUGCUACAGUGAAGAUUAAAAGAACUUGGGAAGCUGAAAAGCCCGUUCCAAGUAUCAUAAGUAAUUGCAACACAGGGCAGACCCUUCUCCGAAUAAUAAUCGUUUGUGAUCAGCUUCGGGUUCAUCCCUUCAUCCCACUCUCUUCCACUCCCCAUGGCUUGCUGUGCACAAAAAAGGAUUCAUCCCCACCCAUUUAAUUUGCUUAAUAUAGGCCUCGUUAGCUUGCAUGUUUUGUUUAAAAAUACAGGUUAUGUGAUGAUACUCUAGAGAACUGUUUCUUUCUAUUUUUGUCUAAUUCACGCGCAUAACUAUGCAUAAUUUAUGAAAAGACAAAGGGUCAAGUUCCCUGGAACCUCUGUUGGGAAAACAAAACAUACCAGCUAAUAAAAGAGGUCUAUUGAACAUCGUACGUUUGGGAUGAUGGGGGAGGGGAAGGUCGUCAGUUUCAGUCUAAUAUUACAGGAAAGGUCCUAAAACUUUUGACCUCCAUUGUAGUAUUAAAUUCACAAAGUCAAGACUUGUACAUUCAGGCACAAAAACGAACCGCAUUUAAAGUUGCCGUGUCACGAUUACUUCCACCUUUUUUGGUAAAAGUGGAGCUGAAAUUCUAACUUUGAUUUCUUUUCCAAGUAUUGUCAUACUUGGAACUUUCAUAGCAAGAUAUCAAGAUAUACCAAGAUAUCAAAGGGAGAGCAAAGUGUGAUUGGUUUUGGUCGUUUUUGAUCAAUAGGACAGGAAUCAACUUGAAAUAGCUGGCCAAAAUUUUUUAUAUGUAAUCCGUUUCCAUCAGGCUAUCGAAAGCCGAACGUAUCAACUUGUAUUACAGCACGAAAAGUGAAAUUUACCUUACUGUACCUGAUUCCUUAAAGUGCCGGAAAAUUCAGAGCCAAAGCUGCACGCAAGUUCAGUUUGCACUAUCGUGUGAAGGUGAGUAAAGUAGAGCGCCCAUAAAAGCUGCAUUAGUACUCUGCCAAUUACAAGUACUGAUGUACAUAAAGAAUACAUUUGAACUUUAUAUAUCACGUCACAUCUCUUAUUCCCAAGAAACUGUCUCCUAAGGGAAAAGUUUUUAGAUAUGCUAUGAUCGCUGACGAAGGAUGUUGUGUUUUAAAGAUCAUUUUUUUCGUUAUAGCCAAUUAUUCGCCUUCGGACCAAAAGGACCUUCUGUCUGAACUGGAUUUGUUGAAGAAGCUUAAACCUCAUCCUAACGUCAUACGAUUGUUGGGCUGUGUGACUAAAGACGUUGUUAGAUGCAAAGGAAAGGGAGUUUUCCGUAAGUGUAACAACUCUAACUCUAACAAAGCUGAAAUAGGACAGUGUCGAGUUCUCUAAAGCCUCUGUUUCAAAGCGAGGCAAAGUGCAAAGCUAUUGAUACUGUAUUAUCAGGCUAACAUCCCGUCUGGGUACUCCCUUUAAUGGCCUAUACGGGGAGGCUCCACCCGAAAGGGGUACCUUUUUCAGACUUCAGGUUUAUGAAAGGGUAGGGAUUUUACUCGUUGAAGUAUACGAAAGGGCAGGGAAAUCUGUCAUUUGGCUUUGUGAAGGGGCCAAAGGGCUGUUAGAUGAAUUGUAUGGCUUUAUAAAGUCGAGAAAACGUUCUAUCGUUGUCUUCCUUUCCUAUAAAUAAAAGGGAUGCAAAAUUCUAGACAAGGUAUGUGGAAGGGUUAUACGAAAGGGGUACCUAUAUUGCGAAAAAUCCUAUACAAAAGGGUAAGGAGUUGGACCUCUGGGCGGAGCCUCCCCGUCUGAAAAUUUGUUGAGUAAUCCCAUCCCCCUUAGUUAAAAAUCCUAGUGAUCUAAUUUGCUUUAGGUUAAUUUUUGGCAUCUAACAAUGUUGCUGUCUUUUAAGGGCCACCUCUUUUAAUCCUGGAGAAUGCUCCUUAUGGCGAUCUUCUUGGAUAUCUAAGGAAACGUAGAGGACAAAAUGAUGAUUACGACCAUUUUAAUAGAAUGAAAGUCCCACAAAAGAUAGCAAAACAGCAACUCUACCAAUUUGCCACGGAUAUCGCUCGUGGUAUGGAAUAUAUCGCUUCUCAUCAGGUGAGUUAUGGGAAGAAAAAAAUAAAUCAUUUUGCAAAUAUAUGAGUUAGAACCAAGUUGCCGAUUGGCCGGGGAAGAAAUACUCCAGGGAAUUCUUGGCGAGGGUUUGCCGCCUGGUUCUCCAAAUCCUAACACUCUAAAGUUUCAGACCAAGAAAUGUCAUUUUCCACACCCGUUCUCAGACCUAGCCUUUAGGCAGAAAUUAUGUCAUCUUUUUAUUAGAUUAGAGCACAAACAAAAAGUAUCUUCAAAUGCAUUUCGAAUUUUCAUAUUUCUACUUCGUUCUUAUUCAUUUGGAUUUGAAACGAUAAAUACGUUCAUGAUCUCCCAUAGUUCCCUCGAAAAACAAUACCCAAUUCCAGACCACAAUGGGCAAAAUGCCGUAUACCCAUUUUCAGACCAAAAAGGACCAAAAACCAUUAUACUCUUUGGAGGAGCACAUACCUAUCGAGGGAGUACCGCCCCGGGCAGACUAUAAACUUAUCAACAGGCGGCGACAAUUUGUUGAGACCCUGUCGUCAAAUGAAGUGUUUGUUGUUUAGUAUUCCACAGCAGGUAGCUAUAGGUGUUUAUAUUUUGCAAAGGACCAAAAACCAUUAUACUCUUCGGAGGAGCACAUACCUAUCGAGGGAGUACCGCCCCGGGCAGACUAUAAACUUAUCAACAGGCGGCGACAAUUUGUUGAGACCCUGUCGACAAAUGAAGUGUUUGUUGUUUAGUAUUCCACAGCAGGUAGCUAAAACAGCGACACAAAGGUGUUUAUAAAGGGUGCGUAGAAAUUAAGAAAGUUUCAUUUUUCCCUUUCGAAUUAGUUAGCGAGAGAAUGGCCCUUUAGUGCAAAGUCGGUUGAUCAUAGAAUAUAAUAUAAGCCAACCAGAUCUUUCACACAAAGUGAUAAGUUCAAUGAACUCAAAGCGAAUAGUAAGAUCAUCGCUUUGAGGAAGCAUGAUGUUAACUGGAAGGGGAAACAUCCCAUUGUGUCUUACAUCAAACAAAAGAAGAGGGUUUUCCUUUCUUUUAAAUUUCUCACAGCUUAUUCACCGAGAUUUAGCUGCUAGGAACGUGUUACUUGGAGAUAAACUGCAAUGUAAGAUCACUGACUUUGGAAUGGCGAGGGACCUGGGACUAGGAGAUGGAAUUUAUGCCAGGAAAUCAAACGUAAGUUCCGGCCGAAGAGACAUUACACGCAGUAAUAAGAAUCUACUUUUGUAUUUAUUUAUUUACGUGUUUAUUUAUUUAUAAUGGUAAUAGGACUGAGUGGAGUCUAAUUCGGUCUGUAAUCAUACGGGUGUUAACAAAAUCGGACGAGCGCGAAGAGGGAGUCCAAUUUGUUCAACCACGAGUAUGAUUACGGACCUAAUUGGACGACACGAAGUCCUGUUGCCAAUUGAUCAUAACCGUUAACCGUUACAAUUUCCGAGAAAAUAAAUGUAUUCUUUUUUAGUAAAAGAGCAUUUGAAUACCAAAUGUACAAAAUUAGGGAACAUAUCACUGGCGGAGACACUGGCGCAGUUUAUAAAUUAAGUAUCUCUUGAUUUGUGCCUUUUUCUGAACUGGAUUCCGAUAUCUGAUUUUACUUCACAAACCGGCUAACCGAACAAUCCUAAGUGCUUGAAAACUUCAAAUUUUAUACUUUUUCAGAGAAAACUGGUAUGAAAAGAUUAAUUGGAAGUCUAAUUUUCUACCACGAAUCAAGGCAGGUAAUUUGCGAAGUGUUGUAAGAGAUACUCAAAAAUAGUUUUAUAAUAGUUUUGUGCUUUUAUUGACAGGGUGUGAUGCCUUUGAAAUGGAUGGCGGUCGAGUCGUUAACGAAUCGAGUUUCCACCACAGAAAGUGAUAUGUGAGUUGUCAGCAAUUCAGCUAAGAUUAGAAAGUUUGUCAUACGCCUUUAAGUUUUCCAGGUUCGAACAUGGCCAUUUUAUCUACGUGCUCGUGAAGCUCGAGCGCAAGUCCACGAAGCUGCCAUAGUUUUUCAGUCAAGACGGGAUUUUUCACGUGCGACCCCCUAAAAAAAGGACGCAGGUCGACCGGGACGGCGAGGAUGCCUUCUCCCUUCUAAUAUGCCUUGACGCUACCAAAUUUGUACUGCUAAGUUUCUUUACUCUUAUAAAGACAAUUUACCUGAAAAUUUGGGAAAACCACUAACCAAGAAUGCAAAAGUCCACUUCCAGUUGACGUGCUUCUCUUAAAAGCCUCUUUGCUUAAACUUUCUAAAAACCGUGCAAAAGCACCCUUGGAAUGAAUCAAUUUGGCUGUAAGUUUGAGAUAGGGCAAGUGGAAUUGAAGUGGUUCUGUAACGCAGUUAGUUGUUCAACACUUAUCUCAACGAUAUUGUGUGACUGCUUAUCUGUCAUUUUCUUUAAUUUCCUCCAUUUAGAUGGAGUUACGGGAUCGUGUUGUAUGAAAUAUUUACCCUCGGUAAGUAUUAGCCGUUCACUCAUAUAGCCCGCGGGUAAGCACUCCACCCGCUCGGGGUGCUCUGGCAGCGGCCGCAGAGAGCUUGUUCGCACGCUAUCGCUCAUACACGUCGGAACUGUUCUUCCAGACAGUAACCUAAGGGAGAAACCCAAGGAGAAAACUUGAGAAAAUUAACAACAAGUUUCAGCUGUGCUUCUUGGAUGUAUUCCAAAUUAGUUCUAUUUGUCUACACAGCUGAUCAUUUUCUGUAGACGAGUAAAGCUGUGCGCUAAAAUAUAUCUCGAAAUUACCUUAAAUACAUAAAGCUUCAUUUUUUUUUUUCAGGAGGAAAGCCCUACGACGGAAUGACAGCUAAAGAGGCUUGCCUUUUUGUCCGAAGCGGUCACAGAAUGCCAAGACCUUCAGCUAUAAGCCUUGAACUGUGAGUUCGUCAGUUUGUUAAGUUCAUUCCUUUCGUCCAGUACGUCCAGUAUAAGAUCGUGUUUGGUUACCCAACAACUAAAUACUAGAUUGACCAGGCAUAAAGCAAAUAUGAUAUUUAUUGAUUUUUGCUCUCGCCGGUCUCUCAGACGUAGCUAUCGUUAUCAUGCAGUUGUGAAAUAUAAGAUUGCAGCUUUUUUUGUUGAGUUCAAUUCAACUAGGUAUUGUUCUAAUUGUAUCUAACUUUUGUUUGUGGACUCAACCAUUUUGUAACUUUUUAUCUUUUUUCAGCUAUGAGCUAAUGCUUCAAUGCUGGAACAAAGAACCAUCCCAGCGACCCAAGUUUAGUGAUAUAGUGAUUUGGAUGGAAAAUUCCUUACAAAGAGUAUAA